UCCGAGAUAGAUUGAAGUGCCUUGGAUUUCCCGCUGUUUUAAAGCAUCCAAAGAAAGAAUGCAUCCCUCCAAAUUUUACAACCAAUGGGCAGUGGAGGCAUUCCAGGUAUUGCUGGACUACAGUGCCCAUCAUCCUUGACUACUGCUUGUGCAAGGAGCUGCUGGGAGUCGCAGUAUAACAGCAUCCAAUGCAGAAGUGAGAGUCGUGUGGCCCUCUAGAAAGUCCCUGCAGCCUUUGCAGAACAAGCCAUAGUGAAGAAUGCUGGGAGUUACAGUUCACCUAGGGUCAUGUGUUCUGCAGCUCUUCCACAAAGCAUGCAGCCUGGUCCUCCAGGUGUGACCCUUGUUGGACUACAGCUCCCAGCAUGCCCAGCCUUCAUAGCCACCCUAAAAGUCUGCAAGGCCCCAUAGAAGGGACCUGGGGCCCUCCUGAUGUCGUUCCACUGCUUCUCCCAGCAGCUUUAGCUAGCAUAGCCAAGGACAAAGAGUGCUGGGGCUUGCAGUCCAACAGCAGAUGACCACAUGAAUCUCACCCUCAGCCACAGAACAUGCAGCCUGAAGCAUUUAGUGCAGUAGUUCCCCAUCUUUGGUCCUCCAGAGGCCUUGUGCUCCCAAAGCCCCCAACCACUGGCACUUCUGGGGGCUGAAGUCUGAAAUACCCCAAAGAGCCAACAUUGGUAUAGUCCGAGCCAUGAGAAGGACUCUACCACCUCCAACCUAACUGAGAAAGUCUACACAUUUGGCUUCACCAAAGUGCACCGUUUAAUUGUCGGAAACGAUCCAGCGCCAACGAAGGACGCAGGACGAUGGGAACUGGACGCCGCUUGCCCACCCCGGUCUCCAUCCUGCUGCUAAACGCCACGCUUUUCCCUCAGUUGCUCCACUUUGCCCACAAAGGCCUUCAUGGCCUCCUCCUUGGGCAUCCCCUUCCUCCGGUGCCAGGACUCCCAUUUGGCCUUGGUCCUCCCGUCGCAGUCGGGCCCCAGACUGCCUGACCCACACUCCCCGGCCAGGGCUUGCUGGCAAAGGCCGUAGAGCUGGAGCUGGUCCUCUUCCGAGAGCGGGGCCUUCAUCUGUUGGACCACGGCAGCGGCUUUCUCAAGCUCAGCCUGCGACAAGUCGUCAUGAGGGCCCCUUCCUUCUUCCCGGUGCAGAGCGAACGCCGGGAGAUGAGGCGCGUGUCGUGCCUGAAAGGACUGUCCCUGCAGGGAAGGAACCUGGUUUUAGUCACCGGUGUAAGAAGCAAGCGGACAAACCUUCCAACUGUAUCACACAUGGAAAGAGAAAGGAACAGGGAUAUUGUAUGGCUGGUAGCAUCAUUGAGGUUGGCCACAACCUUCCCCUGAGGCUGAGAGCGUGUGACUUGCUUAAGGGCCGCUGACCAUCUGCGGAGAAGUGACCAUCUUGCACGGCGGGUUCUUGAUGGCCACCCGGCUGUGCCAUCCCAAGCCUUUGUCUGAGCUGGCCAAAUCGGACUGGCCCUUGGUGGGCAAGCCUAUUAUCGAGGCAUUGGAGGAGAUCUGUACGUCCCACUCUUCUUACCCACCCGAACCCAGUGCUUGGAAGAAGAAAGCGGCAGUCAUCCUUUGGUCCCAGAUCCUCUUCUCCGGGUCCUCGAUGCCCACCGUCUCCACCAACCAAAGGUGGAAGGAGGACGUCUUCUUCUCGGUGAGCACCAUGAUCCCAGAGGUCAACCACACGGUCCUUUUUGAGAUGUUCAAGGAGAUGAACGCACCCCGGCUUUUCACCCAGAUGCUCCUGGUUUUGCCGGAGGCCGUUUGCUUGAAAGAACUGGAAACCUUUGUAGAGUAUGUGGCCAAAGAGACAUCUCCGCGUGACGUGUCUUUCUUCUUGGACGUCUGGUGGGAGAUCAUGAAGCACAAAGAGGGCCAAGAGGACCGGCUGACUUUGUUGUUCCGCACAGUAUCGCAUCAGUUUCUCUCGGAGCCAGACGACACGGGCCAGCCUCCAAAGAGGUUCAAGAGCGAUGCCCCUCCGUUGACGGAGCCCUCCAUGGCCACCACUGUCCUCCCAGUCUUGAUGGAAGGUUUGAAGCUGAUCAGAGAGAGCAUUGUGCCAACCAAGAUGAAGUGUUACGCUCUCGCCAACCUCUUGGACGUGUUGUCCGUGUCGAUUGAGUGCGAGGUAGAAUUGCUGCCCAUCCAGACUUACUUGGACAAGGUCUCCUCGGUGGUCACCCUCUGGAUCAGCGACUCCGACAACCGAUAUAACAAAAGAGAGUUGGACGAGAAGGUGAAAGAGGUUGAGAGGAGCAUGAGCGUGCUGAACGUGGCCAAACUCUCCAACAAAUCCUUGCUCGAUGACUUGGGCUUUCUCCGCACCUUGCUGGAAGAGUGGUCUCCAGAGCUGCAGGGUUUCCUAAAUGACCCUCAGCAGGUCUGCUAUGAAAGCUACAGGCUCCUCGAUUGCCUGGCCUCCUUGGAAAAGAGGUUGGUGAACUAUGCCAAGUCGGAAAAUUUGGAUGAGCCGACGGCACAGACGAUGGCAGAGCUGUCCAAGCGCAUUGCGGACUUCUUGGAGAAGAUCAACCCUGGGUCAUGGAGCAAGGAGUCCAAUAAUGACAUUGUGGCUUCUGUGGCCAUGGUGAUCAUCGACAAGAGGAUGGACCGACACUUGGAGGUGUGUCCCGUAUUUGUGACGCAGAAGAGCUGGGCGUUCACGAAAGACUGGGUCGCAUGCCUUGUCAGGAACAAAGAACUGUUCCAGGAAGCGGAGCUGAUCCUCAAAUUGCUGCAGAUGGUCGCGGCUUGCGCCCACGUUGCCGAAAGUCAGGAGCAAAUUGCCAAGGUGGCCAAAGUCAUCCUUGAGUGUUACGCAGAGCUCCUUUUGACAGAUCAGAACAAAGUGAUUUCGGAAGUCCUGGCUGCUUGGGGCAGGAAGGGCCUCUCUGGGAUAUCGGAGACCUUCUCAGAAGGCUUCCAAGAGGAACUCAACGUUGCCUUUAACCAGAUCAUCAAGAGCGUAUCCGGGGAAGGAUUUAAAAGGGCCGUGGCAUCCGUGUCUCGGUUGGUGCUGCUCAACCCAGAAGCUACCAUCAAGAAGAUCUGUAACUUGGUUGUGGCCAACUUGGGAACGCACCAGUUCAUGGCAGAAAUCCUGUGUUCCUUCCCGGCUCUGAGAUUCCAAGAGCACCAGGAUUCAACAGACGCAUCGGUCAGCCUGCUGCUGAAUUGUUUGAAAGAGAGUAUCUGGGACCGGCUGAUAACUGCCAAGGAAAAGGAGCAAUUUUUAGAGUUUUUGGAGUACCUGAUGCAACCGACCGGCGCCAACCCUCUUCUCUGCCCGGCAGAGGUGACCCAGAACCUCAUCUUCCCUUUCCUGAAGGCGGAUUCUCCUUGCAUGGAACUUUGCUUACAGAUCCUUGAGAAGGUUUUGAAGGUGCCUUCCGAGCAGAACUGGAUCCACACCUGCCACCCGUUUCCACUCAUCCUUUCCCUUUGCAGGCUUCUAGAUGGCUUCACUCAGUAUUGGCAUGAACCAGAAGGCCAGCACGCCUGUUCCUUAGAGACCAAAGACUUGGUGGCAACCAACCUAGCCCAGCUCUGCAGUGCGCUGUCCACUCAGAAAGACUCCCUGUCCCCGGAGUUGUGGAACCAGUCUGUGUCUUGGCUCCACAAAAAGGUCGGGGCCUUGGAUUGGACCGUUGGCCUGCGGCUGAAGAACGUUUACGGAGAACACUUCAAGAACGAAGUCCCUGCCACGCUCUUUGAGGUCUGCAAGCUGCCAGAGGAUGAGUGGACCACCCGUCCGGCCCCACAGUACGGAGCAGGCAGCGGCCUUAUGGCGUGGAUGGAGUGCUGCUGCAUCUCUGCAACCUUGAGGGAACAGAUGCUGGUGCUCCUCACGGUUAACGUGGACAACCCCGAAGAGGUCAACCUCUUCAGCAAGGGGUUCUUGGUGGCCCUCGUCCAGGUCUUCCCCUGGUGCAGCCAGAGCGAGUGGAGACGCCUCAUCCACGUCAUCAAGAGUCUCUUGGAACGAGAAGUCCUCUACGUGCCUUACUCCCUGGAGUAUGUCCAGUAUCUCCCUUUGCUCAACUUCCGUCCUUUCGCAUACCACCUCCAGUUCUCGGUGCUUCUGCUGCGGGGAUUCCAGUUCCUGUGCGGUUCCAGCGGUGCCACGUGGCUGCCGUCAGACGCAUGGAAACACAUGGCAAGGCUCUACUGCCUCGGCUUGUCCGAUUUGCUGGGCUCGGUUAAAAGCAUCGUCCGGGGCCAGUGGCACUCGACGGAAGAGAAGAACGUGACCCGGGAGCUGUCCUUCGUGUACAUCCAGCUGUUCUGCCAUACCCUCCACGUGGCGGCCAUGUUGCCGGAUGAAGGCACGGGCGAGGGCCUCCUCCUGCUCUCCUUGGAGAUCCUCUCGCAGUAUGAGGUGCUCUAUGACGCCGACGAGUCUCUCGGGAGCUCCCUGCGGAAGGCCAACGAGAAGCACUUCCUGGGCUCCAUCACGGAGAACGUCACCAACAAGGAGAUGCGCACCAUGCUCCUCCAGAAGCUCCGUAAGCUGUGAAGACCCUUAGAGCACGCUCUGUUUUGAUGGCACCGCGGAGGGCUUUUGCUGAAGGCCUGCGGAGCGAAGACCUUAAAACGGACGAGCGUUUUUGCCCGAGGAAAGGACGAGAGCCAAGACCAUCGGUGGGACAUUUGAGAGAUCUAUAAUAAACCUUUAUCUCUUUUUUUCCACC